AUGGAGUAUGAGAGCAGCAGUUCGAUUUGGGAUGGGGUGUAUUACUACCCACAUCUUUUUGGUGGAUUAAUGCUAACAGUUGCUUUGCUUGGAUUAUCAACUAGUUACUUUGGUGGACUCGGGUUCUCUUCUUUGCCUUAUAUGUGGUCUCAUCUGGGAAUUUUUUAUAAAAAGAAGUGCGAUAAGAAGCGGAUUCGGGUUUACAUGGAUGGUUGCUUUGAUCUUAUGCAUUAUGGACAUGCUAAUGCUUUGAGGCAAGCUAAGGCUUUAGGAGAUGAAUUGGUGGUUGGUGUUGUUAGUGACGAGGAGAUUGUUGCCAAUAAGGGCCCUCCUGUUUUAUCUAUGGAAGAGAGGCUGGCCCUUGUUAGUGGAUUGAAGUGGGUGGAUGAAGUCAUAGCCAAUGCUCCUUAUGCCAUUACAGAGAAAUUUAUGAAGAGUCUCUUCAAUGAGCAUAAGAUUGAUUAUAUCAUACAUGGUGAUGAUCCUUGCUUGCUUCCUGAUGGAACUGAUGCCUAUGCCUUGGCCAAGAAGGCUGGGCGUUAUAAGCAGAUCAAACGUACUGAAGGCGUCUCCAGCACAGAUAUUGUAGGGAGAAUACUUUCUUCUCUGAAGGGUACAGAAGCUCGUGAAAAUCAUGAUGAUACAUCAUCUUUGCCUGGUGAUGCUCCUAAAGGAAGUCGAUCGAACAGUGCCCAUAUAUCCCAAUUUCUACCAACAUCCCGGCGAAUUGUACAAUUUUCAAAUGGCAAGGCACCUGGACCAAAUGCUCGUGUUGUCUACAUUGAUGGAGCGUUUGAUCUCUUCCAUGCUGGACAUGUGGAGAUUCUCAGGAGUGCUAGGCAGCUUGGAGAUUUUCUGUUGGUUGGGAUCCACACUGACCAGAUUGUAAGUGAACACAGAGGGAAAGGUCACCCAAUUAUGCAUCUGCAUGAACGUAGUCUUAGCGUGCUGGCCUGCCGCUAUGUUGAUGAAGUCAUCAUCGGUGCGCCUUGGGAAGUUACAAAAGACAUGGUCACAACUUUUAACAUCUCCUUGGUUGUGCAUGGAACAGUAGCCGAGAGCAACUCCUUGUUGGCUGUUGAACCCGAUCCAUAUGCAGUUCCAAAGAGCUUAGGAAUUUUCCGGAUGCUUGACAGCCCUAAAAAUAUAACAACCACUUCAGUGGCCCAAAGGAUAGUUGCCAAUCACGAGGCUUACUUGAAACGAAAUGCCAAGAAGGCAGCAAGUGAGAAGAAGUACUAUGCAGAGAAAGUAUAUGUAUCAGGAGACUAA